GAGGUUGAGGAGGCAAGACAUAACACAGCGUAUUGUGUUGUUUGUUUCUAAAUUUCUAAAUAGUUUCCUUGUUCUCUAUCACUUAUGGCUAAUGAUAAUUCAGCAAGAAUUGAAACCCAUGAGGUUGUUUUAGAUACAAACAAGGAUUCCUCAGAUACAUGUAAAGGCUCUGGCUCCUUUGUCUCUGUCCCUUUCUUGCAAAAGUUAAUAGCAGAAAUGGUGGGCACAUAUUUCUUAAUAUUUGCAGGAUGUGCAUCAAUAGUAGUGAACAAGGACAACGACAACGUAGUAACACUUCCAGGGAUUGCAAUUGUUUGGGGACUAACUUUGUUGGUAUUGAUUUACUCUCUUGGUCAUAUCUCUGGUGCUCAUUUCAAUCCUGCUGUUACUAUUGCUUUUGCUACCACAAGGAGGUUUCCAUUGUUACAGGUACCAGCUUAUAUAUCAGCUCAGCUCUUGGGAGCAACACUUGCUAGUGGAACUCUAAAACUAAUAUUCAGUGGCGCACAUGACCACUUUUCAGGAACACUUCCUUCUGGGUCUAACCUUCAAGCUUUUGUUCUUGAAUUCAUAACCACAUUUUACCUUAUGUUUACCAUUUCUGGAGUUGCCACCGAUACUAGAGCGAUUGGUGAGUUGGCUGGAAUUGCAAUUGGGUCUACAUUAUUGCUUAACGUGAUGAUUGCCGGGCCGGUAACAGGAGCAUCGAUGAACCCUGUUAGAACUCUAGGACCAGCUUUUGUACACAAUGAGUAUAGAGGAAUAUGGAUAUAUUUGCUGUCGCCGAUUUUGGGGGCCAUCGCCGGAGCAUGGGUCUACAACACUGUUAGGUACACUAACAAGCCAUUGCGUGAGAUCACCCAGAGUGCAUCCUUCCUCAAAGAAGCUGGGCGUGGUGGACACCAAAUAGUUUAAGAAAUUCGAAAAAAGUUGCCAUCAAGUAUCAUGUAUGCAGAGAGUCAAUAACAUUUUUACUUGUGUACAUGUCUUUGUUAGAGAUGAUAAUGAGAAAAUAAAAAUGGUUUGUGUGUGUAAUAGUACUAAGGUACUAUGUAUCAUGAUCCUUUGCAGUUUUAAAAGGAGCUGCAUCACUGCAUACACUUCCUAAUUAAGGUGCUAAAUUGAUGGUUCAAAAUCAUUGAUACUUAUUUACUUUUGUAUUUUAUAAUAUCCAAAACUAGUUUUCUACACAGAAAUAAAAAUCCAAAAUAAAUAUAGAGAGUGUAGAAUUUCCUAAGUUUCUUUUAAUGUGCAGAAGACCUUGAUUCAAGGUCAUAUAUAGCAUUAUGAUUUUAAUAUAUAAAAAAUUAGAAACCCUUGAAAAUCA